UGGGCCAGAAUGCCGACAGGGGGCCCCAUAGAAAUCUGCCCUGCCCCUGCGGUUACUUCAGAGACCCUGGGCAGGGCUGUCAGCUGAAGUCCCUCCAUUAUCCUGGGAUCUUUGAUGUCAGGGAAGGGGAGGCCUUGGUCUGAAGGGGCUGGAGUCAGGUCAGUAGAGGGAGGGUCUCAGGCCCUGCCAGGAGUGGACGUGAGGACCAAGCGGACUCGUCACCCAGGACACCUGGACUCCAAUGAAUUUGGACAUCUCUCGUUGUCCUUCGCGGGAGGACCUGGUCGUGUAUGGCCAGAUGUGGGUCCCCUCAUCUCCUUCUGUACCAUAUCAGGGACGUGAGUUCUUGACAUGAGAGAUUCUCAAACCAGCAAAAGGGUGGGAUUAGGCCCUACAAGGAGAAAGGUGAGGGCCCUGAGUGAGCACAGAGGGGACCCUCCACCCAAGUAGAGUGGGGACCUCACGGAGUCUGGCCAACCCUGCUGAGACUUCUGGGAAUCCGUGGCUGUGCUUGCAGUCUGCACACUGAAGGCCCGUGCAUUCCUCUCCCAGGAAUCAGGAGCUCCAGGAAUCAGGCAGUGAGGCCUUGGUCUGAGUCAGUGUCCUCAGGUCACAGAGCAGAGGGGACGCAGACAGUGCCAACGCUGAAGGUUCUGAGGUGGACAGGCUGACAAGUAGGACCCGAGGCACUGGAGGAGCAUUGAAGGAGAAGAUCUGCCUGUGGGUCUUCAUUGCCCAGCUCCUGCCCGCACUCCUGCCUGCUGCCCUGACCAGAGUCAUCAUGCCUCUUGAGCAGAGGAGUCAGCACUGCAAGCCUGAAGAAGGCCUUGAGGCCCGAGGAGAGGCCCUGGGCCUGGUGGGUGCGCAGGCUCCUGCUACUGAGGAGCAGGAGGCUGCCUCCUCCUCUUCUACUCUAGUUGAAGUCACCCUGGGGGAGGUGCCUGCUGCCGAGUCACCAGAUCCUCCCCAGAGUCCUCAGGGAGCCUCCAGCCUCCCCACUACCAUGAACUACCCUCUCUGGAGCCAAUCCUAUGAGGACUCCAGCAACCAAGAAGAGGAGGGGCCAAGAAUGUUUCCUGACCUGGAGUCCGAGUUCCAAGCAGCAAUCAGUAGGAAGAUGGUUGAGUUGGUUCAUUUUCUGCUCCUCAAGUAUCGAGCCAGGGAGCCGGUCACAAAGGCAGAAAUGCUGGAGAGUGUCAUCAGAAAUUGGCAGUACUUCUUUCCUGUGAUCUUCAGCAAAGCCUCCGAGUGCUUGCAGCUGGUCUUUGGCAUCGAGGUGGUGGAAGUGGUCCCCAUCAGCCACUUGUACAUCCUUGUCACCUGCCUGGGCCUCUCCUACGAUGGCCUGCUGGGCGACAAUCAGAUCAUGCCCAAGACAGGCCUCCUGAUAAUCGUCCUGGCCAUAAUCGCAAUAGAGGGCGACUGUGCCCCUGAGGAGAAAAUCUGGGAGGAGCUGAGUAUGUUGGAGGUGUUUGAGGGGAGGGAGGACAGUGUCUUCCCACAUCCCAGGAAGCUACUCACCCAAGAUCUGGUGCAGGAAAACUACCUGGAGUACCGGCAGGUGCCCGGCAGUGAUCCUGCGUGCUACGAGUUCCUGUGGGGUCCAAGGGCCCUCAUUGAAACCAGCUAUGUGAAAGUCCUGCACCAUACACUAAAGAUCGGUGGAGAACCUCACAUUUCCUACCCACCCCUGCAUGAAUGGGCUUUGAGAGAGGGAGAGGAGUGAGUCUCAGCACGUGUUGCAGCCAGGGCCAGUGGGAGGGGGUCUGGGCCAGUGCACCUUCCAGGGCCCCAUCCAUUAGCUUCCACUGCCUCGUGUGAUAUGAGGCCCAUUCUUGCCUCUUUGAAGAGAGCAGUCAGCAUUCUUAGCAGUGAGUUUCUGUUCUAUCGGAUGACUUUGAGAUUUAUCUUUGUUUCCUGUUGGAAUUGUUCAAAUGUUCCUUUUAACAAAUGGUUGGAUGAACUUCAACAUCCAAGUUUAUGAAUGACAGUAGUCACACAUAGUGCUGUUUAUAUAGUUUAGGGGUAAGAGUCCUGUUUUUUAUUCAGAUUGGGAAAUCCAUUCCAUUUUGUGAGUUGUCACAUAAUAACAGCAGUGGAAUAUGUAUUUGCUUAUAUUGUGAACGAAUUAGCAGUAAAAUACAUGAUACAAGGAACUCAAAUUAAAAGAUAGUUAAUUCUUGCCUUAUACCUCAGUCUAUUAUGUAAAAUUAAAAAUAUGUGUAUGUUUUUGCUUCUUUGAGAAUGCAAAAGAAAUUAAAUCUGAAUAAAUAAUUCUUCCUGUU